GUCUCUGUCGAACAACGUCUUGGCGGGUUCGAUUCCCAAUGGCAUCUCCAUGCUUUCUUGGCUCACUUAUCUGGAUCUCGCAUCCAAUUCCCUCAGUGGCAACAUAUUCAGUGACUUUGAAUUGCUUGAUCGCCUCAACUAUCUAAACCUUUCUGAUAAUGAUCUCAGCGGUGAGAUUCCAGCUGAGAUUGGAGGCUUCACUUUAUUGAAGUACUUUGACGUCUCUGGCACCAACCUCGUAUGCCCACCUGACUACUCCGCCUGUGGCACAACACAAUCUCCCAACGCAGCCUUUUGUGGCACAUGUCAAUCCUUCUGCAAGACUUGCUACCAAUCUGCAGGAGGUGCGGGUACAGUGUCAUUGGGCGCCAUCAUUGGCAUUGUUGUUGCCGCUAUGGUCAUUCUCCUACUUCUUGGUGCAGCUCUGCUUUACUUCACACACAAAAUCAAGCUGAAACCACAAG